CUGCAGGAGCCCCAGGGGGCUCAGUGACGCUGCGCCCGCUUGCAGCCCGGGUCUGACCGCUCCGGGCGGGGGUGCGGUCGUGCAAUAGGAAGCCGAGGGCGGUGCGAGCUUCCCGUCGGGCACCAGCUACCUGGCCCGGCGCCCUGCCCAGUGCAUUCCUUCGACACCUCUAGGGCCCCCACCGGUGGCCCCCGGGAGCCCUCUAACCGCGUCGGCCAUGCCUCUAAACCGCACUUUGUCCAUGUCCUCCCUGCCAGGACUGGAGGACUGGGAGGAUGAAUUCGACCUGGAGAACUCAGUGCUCUUCGAGGUGGCCUGGGAGGUGGCCAACAAGGUGGGCGGGAUCUACACAGUGCUGCAGACGAAGGCAAAGGUGACGGGGGACGAGUGGGGCGACAACUACUACCUGGUGGGACCGUACACGGAGCAGGGCGUGAGGACCCAGGUGGAGCUGCUGGAACCCCCGACCCCGGCCCUGAAGAGGACGCUGGACUCCAUGAACAGCAAGGGCUGCAAGGUGUACUUCGGGCGCUGGCUGAUCGAGGGGGGCCCCCUGGUGGUGCUCCUUGAUGUGGGGGCCUCAGCCUGGGCCCUGGAGCGCUGGAAGGGAGAGCUAUGGGACACAUGCAACAUUGGGGUGCCCUGGUAUGACCGGGAGGCCAACGACGCCGUCCUUUUUGGCUUCCUCACCACCUGGUUCCUGGGUGAGUUCCUGGCCCAGAGCGAGGAGAAACCACAUGUGGUUGCACAUUUCCACGAGUGGUUGGCAGGUGUCGGGCUCUGCCUGUGCCGCGCCCGGCGGCUGCCCGUGGCUACCAUCUUCACCACCCACGCCACACUGCUGGGGCGAUACCUGUGUGCCGGGGCUGUGGACUUCUACAACAACCUGGAGAAUUUCAACGUGGACAAAGAAGCAGGUGAGAGGCAAAUCUAUCACCGCUACUGCAUGGAGCGGGCCGCAGCCCACUGCGCUCAUGUCUUCACUACUGUGUCCCAGAUUACCGCCAUCGAGGCUCAGCACCUACUCAAAAGGAAACCAGAUAUCGUGACCCCCAAUGGACUGAAUGUGAAGAAAUUCUCUGCCAUGCAUGAGUUCCAGAACCUCCAUGCUCAGAGCAAGGCUCGAAUCCAGGAGUUUGUGCGGGGCCAUUUUUAUGGGCACCUAGACUUCAACUUGGACAAGACCUUGUACUUCUUUAUCGCCGGCCGCUAUGAGUUCUCCAACAAGGGGGCCGACGUCUUCCUGGAGGCCUUGGCCCGGCUCAACUAUCUGCUCAGAGUGAAUGGCAGUGAGCAGACGGUGGUCGCCUUCUUCAUCAUGCCGGCUCGGACCAACAAUUUCAACGUGGAAACCCUUAAGGGCCAGGCCGUGCGCAAGCAGCUUUGGGAUACGGCCAACACAGUGAAGGAAAAGUUUGGGAGGAAGCUUUACGAAUCCUUGCUGGUGGGGAGCCUCCCAGACAUGAACAAGAUGCUGGACAAGGAGGACUUCACUAUGAUGAAGAGAGCCAUCUUUGCCACACAGCGGCAAUCUUUCCCUCCUGUGUGCACCCACAAUAUGCUGGAUGACUCCUCAGACCCCAUCUUGACAACCAUCCGCCGAAUUGGCCUCUUCAAUAGUAGUGCUGACAGAGUCAAGGUGAUUUUUCACCCGGAGUUCCUGUCUUCUACGAGCCCUCUGCUCCCUGUGGACUAUGAGGAAUUUGUCCGUGGCUGCCACCUUGGGGUCUUCCCCUCCUACUAUGAGCCUUGGGGCUAUACACCAGCUGAGUGCACGGUAAUGGGUAUCCCCAGUGUCUCCACCAACCUCUCCGGAUUCGGUUGCUUCAUGGAGGAACACAUCGCAGACCCCUCAGCUUACGGUAUCUACAUUCUGGACCGGCGAUUCCGCAGUCUGGAUGAUUCCUGCUCGCAGCUCACCUCCUUCCUCUACAGUUUCUGCCAGCAGAGCCGAAGGCAGCGCAUUAUCCAGCGGAACCGAACAGAGCGCCUCUCGGACCUUCUGGACUGGAAAUACCUAGGCCGGUACUACAUGUCAGCGCGCCACAUGGCGCUGGCCAAGGCCUUUCCAGAAUACUUCACCUACGAGCCUCACGAGGCUGACGCGACCCAGGGCUACCGCUACCCACGGCCAGCCUCAGUACCACCAUCACCCUCGCUGUCGCGACACUCCAGCCCGCACCAGAGUGAGGAUGAGGAGGAACCCCGGGACUUACCACCUGAUGAAGAUGGCGAGCGCUACGACGAGGACGAGGAGGCCGCCAAGGACCGGCGCAACAUCCGUGCCCCCGAGUGGCCGCGCCGCGCCUCCUGCACCUCUUCCACGGGGAGCAAGCGUGGGUCUGUGGACACAGCGCCCUCCAGCUCAGUCAGCACCCCCAGCGAACCCCUUAGCCCCGCCAGCUCCCUGGGCGAGGAACGCAAUUAAAUCCCCAACCCCACACUAUCCCUUCCCGCCCCCCGCCCCGCCAACCCUGCCUCCCUUAUCUAGAGAACGGAUGUGGAAUGGCGCUGUCUCAAAACUUCACUCCAAAUCUUCAACCCUCUGUGGGGUCCACAAUCCGUCCUCCUCCGCCAUACACUCCAGCCCCUCUAGCCCCGCUGUUGGAAUCCCCAACACUCCAGUAUCCACAACACUGUGCCUUUCUUGUGCCCUGGAAUUCCCGCCGGGCCGUCCCAGAGGCCAGGGAUCUGCCAUUGCCCUGCUGUGGUGCCAGAGGUUUUCAGAAACCUGCUCUGUUGCCUUUUAUGCUGGGGCUCCUAGAAUCCCUUGCGCUUACUAAUUCUACAGCAUACAGAGUCUGCCACGUGCAGGCCUGGCCAGGACGCCACCGAGCACUGGAAACCAUGUGGCGUCUCUGCUAAUGAGACAACCAAGUCCAGAGCUGGCGCCCUUUCAGGGACUUAACUGAGUGCAGGUUCUCUAUUUCAACUCCAGAACUCGGGCUCCAAGCCAGUGUAGUCCUGUUUACUCUGAGGGAGCCCUCCCUGGGGUGUCCAACUCUGCCUGGAGUAUCCCUCCACCCCAACUCCCUUCUUCCUCUGCACUUUGGCCAAGCAAGUGGGGGCAGAACCACUUGGCUUCUCAUUCCUACUGGAGAACAUUGUCUUGGUCUAGAUGCCUUUCUGGCCUUUUCUGGACCAGACCCUACUCCUCCUUCCCUGAAUCUGAAUUCCCCCAUAUCUCUAGACUCCUGUGGCUUCCAGGGAAUCCCUCUGCUGAGGACAACUGGCUGUCUUCUCCUGCACCCUCCCCCAAACAACCCUCAACCGCUAGACCCACCAUGAAACCACUGGGUUCUGGGUCCCAGCUGCUGAUUCUAGAACCCCCGCUUCUGUGCUGCAUCCUGGUCCCAUCCCCUAGAUCUAGAACUCAGCCCACUGGAUUCUAGAACCUCCAUAUUUACCUCACCUCGAGGCUCUUCCAUCCCCAAGCUGUGCCCUGUCCCCAGCUUUGGUGAAAGAGAGGGGCCCCUUAUGUGUGCUGUGCUGUGUCUGCUGCACUUGGUUUGCAGUUGGGAGGGGAAGGCAGAAGAGGUGUGAUUGAAGUGUGUCCAGAGAUGAAAAAAUACAUAUAUAUUUAAGAA